GCAUAUUGUGGGCGUGUUCCCGACUCAGUGUUGGGAUGAAUGACUCUGUUCAGUUCAGAAGGCGACAAGACAGCAACGAACUCUGCAGAGGCUAUGUGCUGCUGCUACGGUGAUCAACUCAGCACACGACAAAUACCUCUGAUGCGUUUAGCUCCGGGCUCUCCGCUCCGGUCUGUAGGUCAAACCACGUCGAGCCAGGUGGAAUAAACAUGUUCGACAAAACAGGACCCGGACUUAGCUCGAGAGGAGUACUGUGGGGUUUGUGUAUACUCCUCCUUUACACCAGCCCCCUCUGCUGUUUUGCUAAUUUCAGCCAAGCCAAAGAGCUGGUCUAUAAGAUAAAAGAAGGAUUACCGUCGGGGACACUCAUCGGGUCCAUGGGCUCCGACUUACACUUGGAUUUAUCCCUCGAUCCCCAUGUUUUAUUCAAUCUGCCCCAGAAGAUGCCCAGUGAUCAGUAUGUCACUCUGAACAGCACUACGGGACAGCUGUUUACGUCUGGGAAUGAGAUCGACAGGGAGACGCUCUGCCCCGACUCCUCAGAGUACAACCAGGGCUGCGUCCUCUCCCUGGAUGUGUUCGUUCUACCCCAGCAGUAUUUCCAGCUGGUUAAGGUCAAAAUCUUGGUGGAGGAUGUUAACGAUAAUCGUCCGCGCUUCCCGACGGGCGAGAUUAGGGUUUCCGUCCCGGAGAACACCCAGGUCAACGCGAGGUUCGCGGUGGAGCAGUCAGCGACGGACCCUGAUCUGGGGUUUCACGGGGUUCAGACUUACUGGCUGGUCAACGACUUUGGGGUGUUCACUCUGGACGUAGAGGAGAACGAGGGGGGUGAGCUGACACCCUUCCUCAUCGUGACCGACGAGCUGGACCGGGAACGACGGGAGGAAUACGUAACGGAUAUUAUAGCAGAGGACGGUGGGUUACCACCUCUCCUUGGCACCGCCACGUUGAGGAUUAUAAUCACUGAUGUCAAUGAUAACUGUCCUCAGUUCACAGAGUCACAGGUCAACGUGACGCUCUACGGGAAUACGACUAAAGGAGAGCACCUGUCCAGGUUACACGCCUUCGACCCCGACCAGGGCGCCAACGCCGUGAUCAGCUAUGCGUACAGCGACCGCGUUCCCCGGGAGGCUAGAGCUCUGUUCCAUCUGGACCGGAUUACCGGGGUGAUCAAACUGGCCGGUCAGAUCAACACCGCAACCGGGAAGUUCUACAAACUCACUGUCCUCGCCAACGGGCCUGGUUGCGUCCCUGCCGUCGCCACGGUGACGGUGCACGUGAUCCGGGUAGCUUCCGGUCCGCCUGUUAUUACGCCUCGCUACAUCGCGGCGGAGAAAGACGGCGUGGUCACGAUGAAGGAGUCCGAACCGCCGUUUUCCCCAAUCGCGUUUUUCACCGUGUCCAACACGGACCAGAGAGGACAAGGGACGGAAUGUCUACUUGAAGGAUCCGGCCCGUUCCGACUGACACCUUACAAACGGUUGAAGAACGAGUAUCUGUUAGAGACGACGGAGCCGCUGGACCACGAGCAGAGGCAGGACUACGAGCUGACCGUAGUGCUCAGGAACCCCAGAGGUCUCGCCAUUAAGACCUUCGUUAAGAUCCUGGUUCUGGAUGAGAACGACAACUCGCCGGUCUUCAAACAGUCUCUGUAUGAGGUCUCUGUGGAGGAGAAUAACCCUCCCAACAGCUUCCUGACCCAGCUCCAGGCCACAGACCAGGACAGUGAGGCCAGAGGAGAGGUCAUCUACACGCUGGGGUCAGACGCUCCCUCCAUUUUCCUCCUGGAGAGGCUGACCGGCGUGCUGACCGUGUCCACAUCUCUGGACCGAGAAGAGAAGCAGACCUACAGGUUCAUGGUUCGGGCGGUGGACCGAGGGACCCCCAGGAGAGAGUCUAUAGCUACAGUGGUCAUCACUGUGCUGGACCGCAAUGACAACAGCCCACGCUUCAUCAAUAAAGACUUCACAUUCUUUGUGCCGGAGAAUUUCCCGGGUUUUGGCGAGAUCGGCGUCCUCUCGGUAACGGACGCGGACGCAGGUGAGAACGGCUGGGUGGCCCUCUCCAUCGUCAACGGCAGCGACAUCUUCGUGAUCGACGCGGGGCGCGGCGCUCUAAGGGCCCGUACCCCUCUGGACCGGGAGCAACAGGGGACGUACCACCUCUGGAUCGAGGCAGUCGACGGAGGGGAACCCUCUCUCUCCUGCCUCACCGUGGUUACCGUCCUCCUCCUUGACGUAAACGAUAACCCUCCCGUCGUCUUGUUCCCCCAGUCUAACCAGUCCUACAUGCUGGUGUUACCUAGCACCCUACCAGGGACCUCCAUCACAGAGGUUUACGCCGUGGAUAAAGACACAGGAAUGAACGCCGUUAUCGCCUACAGCAUCAUCAAGAGGAAGGGUGGCGUGCCGGGGUCAUUUGAUAUCGACCCGGACACAGGGAACAUCACGUUGAAGAGAGAACUGAGUGACCGCGGUCUCUAUAGUCUACUGGUUAAAGUCUCGGACCACGGUCAACCCGAACCUCUCCACUCCACGGUCCUGGUCAACCUCUUCGUCAACGAGACGGUUUCUAACGAGAGCUACAUCCAGAGUCUUCUCCGGGAGGAGGCUGAGAUCCAGAUGGAGGAGAAGCAGUGGUACGUGGGUAAACUGACAGAGAGGCCCGGCAGGGAGGACUUGUUCCCCUGUCAGCCUCUACUCAUAGCUCUGUCAGUGACCUGCCUGGGACUGUUCUGCAUCGUCGUCACAUUGACUGCUUAUAUAUGCUGCAAGAAACUGAAGAAAUGGAGGAAAUGCCAAAUGAAAAGACUAGAGGUUGAAAUGCCUUUGAAGGUGAACGGUGACGACGCAGAUAGAAAGCGGACGGAAAUCUCAAACAUUUGAUGACGUUGACAUUGCAAAGACUUUGAGGCAAAGACUCCAACGUACAAAACUGUUACACUGCAACUGUUUAUAAACAAUGUGAAUUGUGAAGUGUAGAUUUUCAUCCUCAAAAAGACAAAAGGCCCGGAUCCCAAAUUGCACCCCCCUUUUGCCUAUUUAGUGCAUUAUUUUUAACCAGGGCCCAUGGUGGUGCACUAUAUAGGAAUUAGGGUGCCGUUUGUGACACGUCCUCGUUUUAAAAACGUAUUAAAAGACCCAAUGUGAUGUAUAUAUUGUAGAUAAUAUGAAAUGUUUUAUAACUUUAUAACAAAAUCUUUAAAUAGACAAGAUUAUUUUAUUUUUAUUUUUUUUCGUGAAAGCCCUAAGAAAUUACUCCUUAAACUUACAAAUUUAAAAAAUGGGAGAGAUUCAAUUUUUAUUUUGUUCACAAGGAUGUCAGGAUCAUUGGAAAGGGAUGAGGAUCAUUUGGUGUCGAUAACAAUAUUGAUUGAUUGAUUGAUUGAUUGAUUGAUUGAUUGAUAUAACAAUGUUUUUUUCAUACCCCUUUCGAUUGCAUUGGAAAAGCCCCAGAGUGCAGUGCAGAAGUCAAUUAAAAUCUGUAAUUUUCUUCAAAUCUA